UUUGUGAUUUUGCAAUAUUUAGAUAAUUAGAUGAUGGUGUUUACUGAGAUAUUAUGGGAAGUGAAAACAUGCAAACCAUUUAUAUCUAUGACACAUGGAAAACUUUUUCAAGAAGAAAAUAAUUUCAUAUUGACUGGUGCAGAAGAUGGUGUUGUAAGAGUUUAUGAAGUACCAGGCAGAAAGACGUCCAUGAUAACAUCUGUACGUUCACUAGAAACAAAAUGUGGACCGGUGUUCCAUCUUCAAUUGCAUGACAUCAUCCGUCUGGUAUCACAAGAUCUGAUUGCAGCGGAUUCAAGAGGUUCAGUGACCUUGUUUUGCAAUGGUCAAAUAUUUAUGAGAACAAUGCCUGAUAAAGCAGCUGGAAUUACUGCUUUGCAGAUUCAUGAGACUAUGUUGGGCCAUCUAUUCAUUAUCACAGGAAAUGAGGACGGUGUUGUCAACUGUUUUAAUGCAUUUGAUAAUUUAUGGAGAAUACGAUUACACGAUAUUAUGUCUAUGAAGAUAGAAAGACUUCAAAGUACUCGUUCUGUGACUUGUAUUCUUGCUACAGCUAUUUCAUCUUCGUCAUGUCCAGCAAUGGAUUAUAUAGUGGUUGCAGACUCCGAUAAGAACUUGCAUUUUAUUCAGGAUGGCAAAGUUGUCAUAUCAACUUCAGCACCAUCCGUUGUUAAAGUUAUGGUUGCUGGAUAUUUUCUUCAUUUUGAUGAAGUUGGAAAUCCAGAUGAAAAAUUAACACAACUAGCACUCGGAUGUGAAGAUGGAACAGUCUGGAUUUGUGUUGAUUUUGAAGUACAAACUGCUACACAAUAUGCCAAUGUUGGUCACACCAUCACACAUCUACACAGACUCCCUCCGAUACAGAAUUCAUAUUCUUCAACUAAUGGAAAUAAAAAUGAUCAACACUCUGAUUCAGUGAGUGAAAAACUUGAUCUUUUACUUUGUUGUGGACAAUUUCCGGCAUUACUGGUUCUACGAGAGGGCAAGGUAUCGACCAAACAUAAACUUCCUGAUUGGACAAUUUCGAUAUGCAAUUUUCAUCAAAGUGAUCAUGACGAUGCUAAUACUGUACUAAUUGGAUGCCAGGAUUCUACAAUUCAAGCAAUAAAGGUUUCGUGACACUGAACGGGCAUAAGUUCCCUUUUAGGCAUAGCCAGAUUUGUGCCAAUCAGGAAGGCUGAUAAGCCAAGUGUGUGCACAGGGAGAGAAACAGUUGGCCUGUCAGAAAUCCGUUUUCAAUAAUGAGGCCAAAAUUAAGGAUGGAUAUGUAUUCUUUGGAUCUCGAACCAUAAAAAUCAUUGGAAUGGCUAAUGGAGCAUUUGCAAUAUUUCCCUACGGCAGCGUUGUAAUUUUGAAAGAGUUUUUAAUGCUCAACCAAAGCAGAUAGAUGAACAUCCGAAUUUUUACAUUCACUUCGAUUGUGUUUCUAAUUAUUUGAUAAAUAUGAUGUUGUACCUGCCAAUGAGGUAACCUGUAUGUUGUCAGUAUGAUAACAUUUGAUAAAGACAUAAUUAUUUUGUCAUCGAAUGUGUAUGCAAAAAAAUUUGGAAUCUUUUUCUUUCUUUUCUCUACGCCAGAGGUUGCUAAACAGUUUGUUCAUGCCGCACCAAAUUAUUGGAAAAAUAAACUCACGUCACAUAUACACGAGAAAAAA